CUCAUUCCUGGAUUCGCAUCUUCCAACCCCCUCGUACACCCAUACCCAGUGUCCCCCGACCAUGACACCUGCUGCCCUCACAUCAGCUCAGAAGUACCGAUGAACCCAUCGUAGCAUCCACACAAUGACUCUCUUCAUUUGACCUCUGCCUUGACCCUGGUCCCACAAUAGUUGCCAGACCAGAUCUUCUACUCUCACCGGCUGAUCAGGCCCAAAGGCACAAGUGAAGCUUUCGCCUUCAGCACAAAGCGCAGCGAGAUGCCUCCACCCAACUUCACCGUGGGCUCACAGCCCGUUCAGCCUGUUCAUGUCCCCAAGGCCACCCAGGCGAGGCUGAAGGAUGCUCUUGCACGCAUCCGCUCCGUCCUCUUGGCGCAGGGCCCGACCAAAGCCCAAGCUUCUGCGGACAAGGCAAUCGAAGCUCUGAUCAACGACCCCAACGUCACACCGGCGGAAUUCGCUGGCAUGGAAGCUCAGCAGCUCAAAUCACAAGUCUCACAAAAGUUCAACAGCGAUCUGCUGUCACUCUGGGAUGAGAUGGAUCAGGAAGAUUCUGCUAAACAGGCCACUCUUGUGGGCUACAUCUCCGAGCUCGCACCGCUGAUAGGUUCCGUUCCCAUUGUGACCGAAUGGUUCGACAUCCUCCUCCGCCCGAUCUUGAAAGACCCUCGGGUCAGCGACCACCUGGCAGACCAAGCCCGUGGGCUAGUCAUCAUGGCCGCCCUUGCGACUCCCAGCUCCGCAUACAAAGAUGAACCACCUCCCACUCCUCUAUGGCCCAAUACUUCAGAUAACGCUCUGAGCCGCGUGAUUGGAGGUGCACCUUAUCCCAGAGCUACCACAGAGUCCUUGCCCUCGGACUCGGCGCAACGUGGUCGAUCAGGACCGCCCGGGGAAAAGCCUCGUUCUGGUGCCGCCGGCGGACCUGGCAGUCGAAAGGCUGGUGGUCAAGCUGUGGAUAUGCAUCGUCGAUUCACACAGAGGCUCUUUGAUUUGUAUACUCAAGAGGCAUCUGCACCUCUGCGACAAGAGGACGACGAAGGAGACAGACUUGAUGUCCUCGAUCAGCUUCAGGCGUCGACAGCUAGUCUGACCCCAGCUGAUGGUCCUUCUCCCUCCACCAAGGUGCAAGUCACCAAACAAGCCCAGCCCUAUCUGCUCCAGGCGGUGGCUUCAGACGACGCCAAGCCAGUCGAUAUAGCGGGAACAACCUGGAAGGGGAACCUCGAAGCCAUCAUCAUCACCUUUGGUCAAGACCGUCCCACUGAGUUCUUCCACCACCUCUCGGCAUCAUUCGAAGAGCCGCUCCACCGGAUCCCCAUUCUGCUCCUUCUCACCAUCUUCGUACGAUUGAACAGCAUUCACGCAUAUCAUAUCACCAAGACAUCUCUGCUCAGCAAUAUUGCUUUGUCUCUACAAUUGGAUACAUCAACAAUGCUGGUCUCGCUUUGCAUCACAUCGCUCAUCAUGCUGAUUCCGCAUAUGCCGGACUGGAUUGCUUCAGGAGGGGCUGGAGGGGUGCCUGCCUUGCUAGCUAUUUUCGCUCGCAUCGUCGACUGGCGCAAACUCGGACCGGGCUGGGAACACCGCGUGGGCAGCGGGGAAGAGAUGGAGAGUCUGAGGAUGCAAUUCGACGAGGAACACGAAGAAGUGGGACGACUGAGCAAGCGGUUGCAGCCUCGCGCGGACGUCGACUGGAAAAGGCUAGAAUCGUCAGUUGACUCUGAGACGGCAACGGCUCCGGACGCUGUUCGCUUCUUCACCAUCAUAUACGGUAUCUUCCCCUGCAACACACUCCGAUUCCUGCGCGGUCCCAUCGACUACCUGAGAAAGAGUCAGUAUCAAUCGCCCCUUGAUGCUGUCUGGGAGGAUCUCAUCCACGAGCCAGAGUUGCAGAAGAGGAGUGAAGUCGCAUUGAGGAGACACGCACUUCACCCCUCCUUGGUCAGCUCGAAUGCUGAAUUGGAGCUUACCAAGAAGGAGAGGUGGGAGCAGCACGACGCUGCAGACAUCACCGCCGAAUGCAUCGGACUGUCAGUAGAAAGCUGGCAGACAGUGUCUUGGGACAGGCAGCAAACAGAGAGUCUGGCCAGGCCCACGACGACAGACCAAGCAUAUGCCGCCCUCUCACGUCGCUCGUCUAAUGCUGCCUCUUUGCCUCGCUACAGCAAGAUGCUUGAGCCCUCUCUGGACGCCAAAGACCACAUGAAUCUGACUGAAGGCACAGCAGCGCCAAUGGAAGAUGUCCUCAACGGAUAUACUGAUCUUCGGUGGGGACAGACAUUCAGACGACUCAGUCUUGCUAGCGCGGCAAGUGUGUCUCCUGGACCAACCCCUACGUCACGUAUGCCUCGUUCGGCGACCCUACAGGCGCUGACAUCCAACAUAGCAGCUGAGCACGGCUCUGGUGCUCUCUCGGCAGGACCCUCCAGCCCUGUGCUUGGGCGGACCGGCCCCAGCCCCCUCUCGCGCCCUGUCUCGCCCACUGCAGGGGAACUAAUGACACCCGCGGCGACUCCGAACCAGUCUACUUCUUCUUCUCAAAGUGGUCGGGGUCGCGCCCCCAACAUGGCGACAACCACGAGCCCACCUUCGACAGCUACGGCCGCAUCGAUUCCUAUCCACGCUGCUUUCUCUUCUGAUUUCCGACCGCAAGUGCGGUCCGUCUCUGGUAGACCAGCGACUUCACUCACCGGCAACGCUAGCUUCGCCCUCGACCAAUCUCCCUCCAGUAUGAGCAGCCCGACCUUCUCAUCGCGGCCUCACGCUGGGGCUGGUACCUCUGCUGCGCUGAGCAGUAUCACCGUCUCCCCGUCACGCCCGGUACGCGGAAGGGCUCACCUAGGACGAAGCGAUCGAGCCACUAUGAAGGAAGUCAGUACCCACUCGGGUGCCUACACAGUGGUCAAAUACUUGCAAAGAGAAAACCUUCUACUCCGAGGAGAGCUCAAUUUCGAGCUGUACCUCAAGGACCAACAUCUUCGACACAUCGGCCGCCUCCUCUCGAAUCGUAUCAAGGCUUCCAGCUCCGAAGCUCAACGUCAGAACCUCAUUCGGAUGGUGAAGUCUCUGCGGACACAGCUUUCUGCGCUUGACGUCCAGAUGACGCGGCAGAAGAAUGAGGCCCACAUGACCAAGAGUCGACAUGCGCAAUGGGAGAGCGAACUGCAAAGCAAGCUCAAAGCCUUCAGAGACGAGAGGAGGAACUGGACGAGCGAGUCUCGUGAGCUGAAAGCUGAGCUCGAAGCUCUCAAGGCCAACCACGAAGCCCAGACUCGUCAAUUGAACGAGGCGUCCGCCGAAUUGUUUGAGCUCAAAACCCAGAUGGACUCUAUUGCGCCAAAGGUCAUCAAGGUCAAGGAAUACGAGGAAAAGAAUGCUCAUCUGACGCAUUGCUUGACUUUGUGGGACCAGGACGUCAAAAGAUUCGAAGAGCAGCACAGGGAGAUGGAGGUCUUUCUAGGACAAUGGCGAGAGAUGGAAAUGCUGCUUGACGCCAGCGAUGAAGAACGACGCCAUCUCGAAACGGCUUUGGAAAAGAGCAGACUCUCCCUCGAGAAAGCGGAGAGGGAGAAGAAGCAGAUGGCAAAGCAAGCUCUAUCGGGAGGAGGUGACAACAAGAGCAUAGGGGCGUUGCCACCAGGCCAAACCGGCGAGCCCUCUGCUGGUUCGUCACAAGACGAGUCGUCUGUGUCCACUGCCGCGCCCGAUGGCGAUGGCGAGAAUACCAGAGAGGUACAGAAUCGUCUUGAGCAAUUGGAGGCGGAGGUGCUCGCGCUGAGAGCUCGAGCGGAAGAAGCAGAAGCCGAGUUGGGACGCACCAGAAUCGCUGCCCUCGCAGAGCGACGCUCUCCGCACCUUGACACGAUCUCGACCAAGGAUGCAAGUCUCAAAAGCUUGCGAGAGCUACAGGAGCUGCUCUUCUCUCCAGAGCCUUCCUCUGCCGGUGCAGCGUCCAGCCUGCCCAACAGCGUCGGCACGGAAGGCAGCGGUAUCGAUGACUCACCUCAGCCUUUCAGCUUAGGGAGCCCACAUCUAGCAGUGGCCGAGGCUGGGGCAGCCUCGGCAAGUCUGGGGCAAGUGAUCCAGGAGGCCGAGGCUCUGGAGGCGGAGCGCGAGGCUAGACGGGCGGAGGGGAAGCAGGAGCAUGAAGAGAGGGUCGAAGACGCACGAGAGGCUGUCCCUGAGUCGCCACUCGAGCGCAACAGCACUGAUUAGUUGAUCUGCAACACCACCAUGACUCUCACGUCAACCUUUAAUGUUCAUUAUCAGCAUUGCACACAGCAUCAGGAGGACCUUGAGGAUGUCUCGAUGGGCCAUCGCUCGCCCACGCCUCACUUUCGCUUCAUCUUCCUGUCCUUGACUUGUGGCCCGCUUUUACCCCUCACGGCGCUCGUGUCUCUAGUGGAGAGGAGCUCCCAGCAUCUCUUCAUACCCGUACCUAUGCUCGCUGCUUCCACCUCUUCAGCCGUACACCAUUUCCGCUUCGCCUUGCUGACCAAAGCUGCUUCAAUACGUCCCUCAUCCUCAU